UCAACGCCGUCGGAGGCGGAGGGCGGGCAGGAUGAAAAACUGAAAAACUGGUCCUCUCUCCGGAGGGAACCCGGAAGUGGCCGGCCGCAGCUCGAGGCAGCCGAUGGCCAGGAACGCGCCUGAGCGCACGGGUCCCGUGCACGUGCCUUUUGGGCAUAUCGUGGCCAACGAGAAGUGGCGCGGGUCGCAGCUCGUACAGGAGAUGCAAGGGAAAAUUACAGUCGUUUUUGAGGAUGGCCUGACACCGGUAGAUUUUUACGUGUCGAGCAGAUCUUGCAUUGUUUAUGUCACCGAAGCUGAUUUGGUGGCAGGCAACGGCUACAGAAAGAGGCUUGUUCGGGUUAGAAAUUCCAGUAAUCUUCAAGGGAUCGUGAUAGUUGAGAAAACGCGGAUGAGUGAACAAUACUUCUCGGCCAUACAGAAGUUUACUGUGCUGGACCUUGGGAUGGUGUUGCUUCCCGUGGCCAGCCAGAUGGAAGCCUCCGGCCUUAUUAUCCAGUUAGUUCAAGAACAAACUAAAGAGCCCAGUAAGAACCCUUUCCUCAGUAAGAAACGGACUCUGAUCCCGGAGUUCUCCCUCCUUCGAACUGUGCAGCAAAUCCCAGGAGUCGGAAAAGUUAAAGCCCCCCUACUACUUCAGAAGUUCCCAAGUAUCCAGCGACUCAGCAACGCUUCGGUCGGAGAGCUGGAGCCGGUGGUCGGACAGGCAGUAGCACAACACAUUCGUGCCUUCUUCACACAGCCCAGGUGACAGCUCUUCCCGCUGCCAGGAGCUACAGCAUCUGGUUUCUUUGCAUAUUUAAAAAUUGAGGACGAAGAAAUCUCCUUUCACUGCAACUAAUGAAAGAUGAGAACCUGAACUGUGUCCACCGUGACUCUUGACUAGAAUCGCGGUGUCAUCCAACUUGCAAGCAAGAGAAAUCGACGGGUAAAAACAAGUCGAAGAGAGAUUGAAACUAGAAUCAUUUACACCUUUACCUUAUAAAAUGUCUCUAACCCAUCUUAAAGGCUCUGAAGAUGUACAAUUAUAUACUUUCUACUUGAAACAAACAGACAAAUGUUUUGAGUAUCAAACAGUAUAUCGUCUACCUUGUAGAGAGCAUCCCCGUCUAACACUGCCACCGUGUUAGCAACUGGUUAAUGACAUCAAACUAGAAGCAGUGAUGCUCCCAGGUUGUGUUUUUGUUUUUUAUCUAGUAAGUGAUGACGAAUUUGGCACUAGACUUCCAUCUGGAAAUAGCAUUCUUUUAUGUAGAAAUCAUUGUAAAAUCUUCUCCUUUUAGGGUCACAAAUUCCCCUUAGGAAGCCGUUCGUUGGAACACUCCUUAGUUACACUAACUUAGUCAAUCAUUAUCGUCCCUUGACCUGCCUUCACUGGGGGUCUUCUGAGUUCUGAGUUAAGGAAUGAUCUCCCCAAGUUCGGACACAGUCACAGGGAGGAAAGCAACAGAGGUGACCCCCAUGGAGCUCUGACAGUAGCCACAAGCCGUAACUGUAGCCAUUAAAAACAGCCCGGUUUUUAAUGCUGUUCUGUUUACAAUACUAUAUAUAAUAAAUAACCUGCAACAAUAUGGUGACACCCCCCAAA